UGUAAAGCUAAAGCCCCCACCAAAAACCUUAAAAAUCCACUUCUCUCCUUUCGUCUUCUCGCUUCUCUCAAAUCCUUUGCUUUCUUUUCUCCUUUCUUCCAUCCCCAACCCCCGUGUUUUGUCCCUGACGCCAUGGCCGUACCGUUGAAGCCUUGGUUGUACUUGUACGACGUCGUAGCAUUGUAAAAAAUUUUGUUCUGUCUGCUGCAUUGGCUUUGAUUCUGAACGCUAUUCAGAUCCAGCUCGAAGGUUCGUGUCUCUAUAAUCAGUGAGGAUUUUGAUCAAGAUGAGAGAGGGCUUGCCAUCCAGAGUUCAAUUGUUGGCGAAAACCGACGAAAGUGAGUCGUCGCCGUGCCAAGCAACGGUUAAAAUGGAAGUAGGCAGUACUGAAGAAAAGGGCUUCAAAUCGACUGAUGGGAACUCCCCAAAAUUGAUUGGUUCUACGGCUGAAGAAGACGUAUUAGUUUCUGUCUCAAAAGAAGAAACAGAGAUGAAUCAGAUUGAUGGGUCAAGUUAUGGGGAAUGUGGUACUGGGAGAGAUACUGGUGAAGAUAUCGUUGUUGAGUGUUCCAAUAAUUUGUGGAAAAGAAGUAGAAUAGAUGAUGAGGGAGAGAGUGAAGAUGAUAGUGUCAAAAAACAGAGGGUGAAGGAUGAUGCAGUGGAUGGUGAAUUGCAGGUUGUUGGUAGGGUGCUGCGGUCAGGGUCUACAGUGAAAUCUGAUGGUGGGCAAAAAGAUGAAGGGGGACAAAGUAAUGAUGGUUUUGUUGGGAAAAAGACCAGGAGAGGUGCUUUUGAGGAGAAGAGGGCCAAGGUGCAAAAAGAAGAGAGUGGUUAUUUUGAUGGCAGGGACAGUUAUCAGUCAGGUAGUAUGAAGGGGAAAAAAUUAGUACGCAAGCGAGGGAGGCCUCCCAAGUCUUUGAAGUGUGAGUUUCAGGAAAAAUGGAGUGAUGUGAUAAAGGAAGAUAUUGAACAAUCUGCUGGUCGAAAGGGUGUGAAAAGAUUAAAGAUUCAGCGUGGACGGCCUCCCAAGGCACUGGAGAAUUAUGAGUCUGAGAAAAAGUGGGGUGACGUGGAAAAGGAAGGGAUUGGUUUAUCUGCUAGUCAAGCUAGCUGUCAAAGGAAAAGGCGUGGGAGACCACCCAAGGCUCAGGGAAGUGAUCUGUCUGAGAAGAAAAGGGUUGAGUUGGAAGAGGAAGAGGUUAAUCAAUCUGCUGGUGACGAGAGUGAAAUGAGGAAAAACUUAAAGCAUAAGUUUGGGAGGCCUCCCAAGGCUCGGGAUAAAGAUGGGUGUGAGAAAAAGUGGGGUGAGGUGGAAAAGGAAGGGAUUGGUUUAUCUGCUAAUCAUCAGACAAAGAAUGAAGACAUUGAAAAAUUUAAGUCUAGGCGUGGGAGACCGCCCAAGGCUCAAGGGAGUGAUCUUUCUAAGAAGAAAGGGGUUGAGGUGGAAGAGGAGGAGUGUGAUCAAUCUGCCGGUGAAAUGAUUGAACAGCCAAAUAAUGAAGUGAGGGAAAACUCAAAGCUUAAGCGUGGGGGACAGUCAAAGGCACAGAAGAGUGAUGGAUCUGUAAUAAAGAUGGUUGAAGUGGCAAAUGAAGAGUCUGAACAACCUGCUUGUAAAGAGGGUGAUGAAUCUUAUGGUAAAGUGAGGAAGAAGCUGGAGCUUAAUCGUGGGAGGCCCUCCAAGGUGAACAAGAGUAAAAAGGUGCAUGCGCUGAGGAAAAACAAGUUGGUAAAACAUAAUGCACAUGUUAUGAAUCACAAUGUUGGGAAUAAUAGUUCAUUGUCAGGAAAGGGAUUUGGGAAGGAAUACAACAUGAAAUUACUGCCAGAUAAGAAGAUUAACUGCAGCAAUGAUGAGAAUGAAGGAGGGAAAACUAAACACAAGGCAGGGGAAAUGGGACACAGGAGAUUACAAAGACAGGCAGUGAGAGAUAAAAUUGUGGAAUUGCUUUUGGGUGCUGGUUGGGAAAUUCAAUAUAGGCCAAGGAAUGGUACAGAAUACAAGGAUGCAGUGUAUGUUAAUCCUGAAGGAAGGACUCACUGGUCAGUCACCUUGGCAUAUCGUGUGCUUAAGAAGCAUUAUGAAGAUGGUGAAGGCAAUUCAAAUACUUGUAAAUCUGAUUUCAAAUUUACGCCAAUACCUGAUGAGGAACUUAGCAUUUUAACUAAAGUAAUUAACAAGGAACGGUCAGACAAAAAUAAAAAGAAAAAGAAAUGGAACCAAGAGAAGGUUGAGGGUGAGAAAACAACUGAAGUAGUCACUAAAAGGAAAAAGUGGAAACUGCACAAAAGAAAACUGGGUGCUUUGGCUGGUGUCAGCUCUAAGAAGUUGAAGGGGAGAACAAAACUGAAAUCCACGCAUCGCAGACAGAACGAUUCAGCCUGUACACCAGACCAGGGAGCAGCAGUGUCUGUCAGGGAUCCUAAGCGACUUGAAACACACGGCAGAAAGCGAUGUGCUCUGAAGGCUCGAAAUUCUCAAGAGGGCACAAAAUCUGAAAGUGAUGGAUAUGUGCUGUAUAAUGGGAAGCGAACUGUGCUUGCCUGGAUGAUUGAUCUGGGCACUGUGCUACUAUAUGAGAAGGUGCAGUACUUGAAACGCAGGAAAACAGGAGCUGUGUUGAGGGGUAGGAUUACAACAGAUGGCAUUCAGUGUGACUGCUGUAGUAAAACUUUUACAAUUGCAGAAUUUGAGGCUCAUGCAGGUGGCAAAUCAUGUCAGCCAUUCAAAAAUAUAUAUUUAGAGACUGGGUCUUCACUCUUUCAGUGCCAGCUAGAUUCAUGGCUUAAACAAGAUGAGUCUUCGCUUAAAGGUUUCCAUUUUGUUGAUAUUGAUGGUGAAGAUCCUAAUGAUGAUACGUGUGGGAUUUGUGGAGAUGGUGGGAACCUUAUUUGUUGUGAUGGUUGUCCAUCAACAUUCCACCAAAGUUGCCUAGAGAUAAAAAAGUUCCCUUCAGGGCUUUGGCACUGCAUAUUUUGUUUGUGCAAAUUUUGUGGGAUGGCCAGCAGGAAUACAUACCAGAGAGAUGAUAAUAAUGCUUCUCCAUCACUUGCAUUGCUUACAUGUUGUUUAUGUGAGGAUAAAUACCACCAACCCUGUGCCCAUGCUAAGGAUGCUAUAAGUGAUGAUCCUGAUAGUUUGGAAUUUUGUGGAAAGAAAUGCAAAGAGUUAUACAAUAGACUGCAGGUGCUUUUUGGGGUAAAACAAGAACUGGAUGAAGGAUUUUCAUGGACUUUCCUUCGUCGAUUUGACAUUGGCCCUGAUGUUUCUCUCAGUGGAAUGCCUCAGAAAGUUGAAUGCAAUUCAAAGUUGGCUGUUGCAUUGCAUGUAAUGGAUGAGUGCUUUUUGCCCAUGGUUGACCAUAGAAGUGGGGUCAAUCUGAUUCGCAAUAUUGUCUAUAAUUUUGGGUCCAAUUUUAACCGAUUGAACUAUAGUGGUUUCUUUACUGCAAUCCUAGAGAGGGAGGAUGAAAUAAUUGCUGCCGCAUCAAUUAGGAUUCAUGGGAAUUAUUUAGCAGAGAUGCCAUUCAUUGGGACCCGCUACAUGUAUAGGCGUCAAGGAAUGUGCCGCCGGCUUCUAUGUGCAAUUGAAAUGGCCCUGUACUCUUUAAAUGUUGAGAAAUUGGUCAUACCUGCUGUCUCUGAGCUAAGGGAAACAUGGACUUCAGUCUUUGGUUUCAAGCCCCUUGAAGGGGUAAGCAAGAAAAUUCUAAGGAAUAUGAAUAUGUUGGUGUUCCCUGGUGUUGAUAUGUUACAGAAACCAUUGCAAGGGUUAGAGUCUGCUGAACUUGGGGAACUUCAUACCAUGGAAGAUAUGACAAAUAAUUUUGUUGGAAAAUCUUCUGCAGGAUUUGAUUUGAAAGGUUCUACUGAGACUGGUAUGCCUCAUUCAUGCAACAUGAUAAAUGAACUUGCUGCUGUUGAACCUGUUUCACUUCUUACUGAUGGCUGCUUGAAUGAUACAUCUGAAGCUGCAAUCCAGAGUGCUAAUACUACAAAAUGCCAUGAGUUAGGUGUGAAUUCUGAUAAUCUGGAUGGAAGAAUUGAAAGUAUUGUGGAACCCCAUGAUUCUUCCAAUGAUAUUGAUGAACAAUGUGGAAAUGAGAUAGUAAACAAUUCUGAUGAGAGAUAUUCAGCUGGAUUUCAUUUGAAAGGUUCUAGUGAGACUAGUUUACCUCAUGCCAAUAGCAUAAUUGGUGAAUCUGCUGUUGUUGAAUCUGGUUCACUUCUUCCUGAUGGUUGCUUCAAUGAUACAUCUGAAGUUGGAAUCCAGAGUGCUAACACUACAAAAUGCCAUGAGUCAGGUUUGACUUCUGAUAAUCUAGAUGGUGGAAAUAAAAGUAUUGUGGAACCCCAUGAUUCUUCACAUGAUAUUGAUGAACAAUGUGGAAAUGAGAUGAUAAACAAUUCUGAGGGGAGAUAUUCAACUGGAUUUGAUUUGAAAGGUUCUAGUUAUACCAGCAAAAUAACUGGUGAACCUGCCGCAGCUUCCCUAUUUCUUGAUGGCUGCUUGAAUAAUACAUCUGACAUCUCAAUUCAGGGUGUGAAUAAUACAAAAUGCUGUGUUCAGUCAACAUUGACUUCAGAUAUUCUGGAGGGGGGAAAUGCAAAUAUUGUGAACCCUCUUGAUUCUCUGUGCAAUGCUGGUAAAAAAACUGAAGAUGAGAUGAUAAAUAAUUGUGAUGGGAGUGAUUCAGGUGGAUUUGAUUUGGCAGGUUCCAGUGUGUCUUAUGUAGCUUGUUCUGGUAAUGUAAUUGGUGAACCUGCCGCAGCUGAAUCUGGUCGACUUGCUGCUACCUUGAGUGAGCCAUCUAACCUCACAAUUCAGGACAGGAAUAAAAUAAAAUGCCAUGAUCAAUCUGUUACGAUUUCUAAUAAUCUGGACGGGAGAAAUGAAAAUAUUGUGAGCCCUCCUGAUUCUGUAUGUGAUGCUUAUGAACAAGUGGCAAAGAUUACUGUACAACAGAAUUCUUUGCCUGCUUCCAUCAUUCUGCCCAUUGACAAUGCAUUACAAGAAUUGCAUGUGCAGUUGAACGUGCAUAAUGCAUCAAAGAUGGAAAGUAAAUUGCCUGUGGUAUCUCAUAUUGGAUCUGAAGCUGCUAAUUGCUUACAAGAGUUUCCAUGUGCUUCAAGUGGUAGUACUGAAAUUGUUUGUUGUGAAGUGAAAAUAGAGGUUAGCAAUGUUGAACAUAAUCUUGAUUCUGUUGGAGAGUAUUUUAUGCAUGCAAAUGCCCAAAUCAUUAGUUCUAAAUCCCAGGACUUGGCUUCUGAGCAUGGAGUAAAAGACUUGGAUGAUAAUGCUGUUCUCCAUGAGUCCAAGACUAGUAAUAUUUCUUGUGAUAUUGUCAAGUCAACAUCGUCUGAAGCUCACCAAAGAGCACAAGAUGCAUUAAAUGAGCAUUUUGCUUCAUUGCCUGUUGAACAAAACACAGAUAACUCCAACUGCGAUGAUCUUUGUCAUGUGACAGCCUCUGAUAUCAAUGUGAAACCUAUUAUGCAUGGGUGCAUGAAUAAUGCACUUCGCAUGUCAAGAGAGAUUGCAUCAAGCUCUUGUGGAGAUGGUUUUUAUGAGCUGAAAGAUGUGUCUGCCACAACUCAAAGUGAUGCCCUUUCUCUUGAUGGGGGUUUAAUAUCUGAUAAGGCUUAUGUGAAUACCAAACUGUUAAAGCCCCCAAGUUCAGAUUCUGAAUCCAUGUGUAGUUCCAGCUCUGCUUCUGGUGUUGCCUUUCACUGUGCCUCUGGUGGGGGUAAUUCAUGCGAUACUUCUGAGGUGAUAAUCCUAUCAAACCAGGCUAGUUGAUUGCCAUUUAAUUCUUCUUUUGCAGUAGAAAUCAGGUGUUAUUUUGACAGCAUCCAUCGGUAGGUUUUCCGGACCUUACAUCAAGCAGAGGUUGGCUGCUUAAUGUCAUGUCUUGGGAUGCCAGCAUGCCAUUAUGUAGUGGUGAUAGCCGCUGAAGGUGUUGGUCAACAAUGUUGUCAUUUUGGUAAUCUAAUAUCAGAGUUCAUGGAUUUUACAUGAUUUUUUUUUUUUUUCCUUUUGUUUAACCCAUUUCGUAUGUACAGUGUCAAAGAUCAGCCUUAGUAGUUGUCUAUUUAAAUUUGAUAUCAAAUCUAGAUGAUGCAAUCAGAGGGUUGUGCAUUUUGGACCUCCCCUACGCUUAUUGUAAAUGGAACAAAUCAUUGCAUCUGAAUUAUGAAAAUAGCUGUUUCUUUUCCAA